CACCACUUUUCGGACGGUGAAUACAAUCACCCCGAAAACUCCGAUUGUGCAACUGCAGAAACCACCACACAGUAAAGUCAGUUCAUAAUCAAUAGCUCUUUGUGUGUGAAAGGCAGCAUAAGCACGUCGGUGCCGUGGAGACUGACGCCUUGUGAGAAAGUGCUGCCGCUGUAUCGAUUUUGGACUUUCGACUCCGAAAAAGGGGGUGGGGCUCAUUUGAGAUGAGCUUCGCUUCCCUCCGACGCGUUCUCCGCUCGGCACGGAAAGGCCUCUGCUCUACCUGCAGCAAAACCAAGCAUCCCCAACUCGAAGCAGCUGGAGCAGGACACGUUGGCUGCCUUAUGUAUACCUUCGAAACGCUCGGUCAGCUAGUAAAAGACGAGCACGACGUCACUGCAGUGCAUGUGGCCGCACGAAAGGGGCAGAGCUCCAUUCUCAUCUACCUCAUCGAAAACGACUAUGUCGAAGGUGUUCCCAGGGCUAAAAACGGCGCUACCCCGGCCCACGAUGCAGCAGGAACGGGAAAUCUAGAUUGUCUUCAGUAUAUCCUCAGUCGUACAAAAGCAAGUGCUCAAGACAAGGAUGCAAACCAAGCCACUCCUCUCCAUUGGGCGGUGCAAUCCGGUCAUCUGAAGGUGGUGAAGUGGUUAGUGGCAAAUGCAAAUGCUUCCAUUGAUAGUGCUGCCAACAACGGAAUCACCCCCUUACAUCUUGCUGCUGCUAAGAACCAUCUUGAAAUACUACGUUGGUUAACAGCCAUCGCCUACCGUAACCACGCCAAGCCACGUCGUGUCAUCAAUUCCAAGGAUAAAAAUGGAGCUACUCCACUUUACCACGCAUCACAUGCAGGUCACCUAAAAAUCAUUCAAUGGCUUGCAGAAAAGGGGGGUGGUGAUCCGACCAUCUUCAACACCCAAGGCCAUGCACCCCUACAUGCCGCCACAAUUGCGGGUCACCUUGACUGUGUCACAUACCUUUUUCGCUUUGGCUCAGCAACUGCCCCUGGUGGAUUGAGAUCCAAUGACGGAGCUUCAGCCCUUCACCAUGCUGCAGCAGAUGGUCACGUAGAUGUUAUCCGGUGGCUGAUGGAACAGAAGGAGUGCACAGGAAAUGAAAGAGACUACUAUCAGUGCACACCACUACAUGAUGCUGCAGAGCAUGGACACCUAAAGUGAGAUUACUUCGUUUAUUAUUAUCUGGAUGCUUGGCAUAAUAAUUUACACAGAGCCAUUCAGGCCCUGUGUGAAGCUGGAGCAGACCACUUGCUCACUGAUAUUGAGGGAAAUUUCCCAAAAGAUCUAGCCGAGAAAAACCAUCACAGUAAAUGUGCCAGGUAUCUUGCCAGCCUAGGGAAGAGCAAAGUACCAAAGGCCAAGAAGAGUAGCAACUCAAAGAUGGAUACUUCCGGGAGCAAAUUAAAACGACGACAAAAUCCUAGCAAAGCCAACAUAAUUGAUAGCUAUCGCAAUGCUCCACCCCAUCAGAGACCUGUGAGUGUUUUUGAUGAAGAUGAUGAUGAGGAGUUUGACUCUUUGGAUGGUGACAGUCAGUGGGAGACCCUUCAUGAUUUGAUGGACGAAUCGGAAUUGGAUAGUUUGACACCGGCAGAUAGCAACCACACGGUUUCAUCAGCUAACCGUAAGAGACGUGAUCUGGAGGAGAACAUGCGCCGAGAGGCUGAGGAGAGGCAGAAAAGAAAGAGGGAACUUAUGAAAAGAGAGAAGGAGUAUGAGAAGGAAAUCAGAGAUCGCUUGAUGGCUGAAGAAAGUCUUGAAGACAAAGAACCUUCAAUGGCGGAGUGGAAGAAAGGCAAGAGGAGUAAGAAACGACACAAGAGUAAAGCCCAAAACUCAGACAUAAGGAAACUUUCCCAACCAGCUGCACCAGCUAAUGAAUCAAUAACAGAAAGGGGCAUCGUGGAAAAGAGAACUUGGGAAAUUGAAUCUCGAUCUCCAGGCAAUUCAAUUGGGAAGGGCACAAUUCUGACAAAGUUAUGGCCUGCGAAAAUAAAUCCAGCCACAACAAGCAAUGUCAACGCUUCUCAUAGCUGGGAGUCUAAAUCUACAUCUCUUCUAGAUUCAUUGCAUGUGGUGGAUGAAGCAGAAGAUAGCCUACUCUCUCCACCUUCUCUUCCCACCAUAGAGUUCCUUCUUGGUAAACGGCCUGCUUAUUUAAGGGGUAAGAAGAUUAUCCCCCAUCAAGAUGGUGUUCACAAUGAAGACGAUGAACACUUGUCGGACAUUGAUUCAGACCACAGUUCAGUCAGCUCCUCAAAAAGUGAUAAAACAUCACAACAAAAGAAAAAGCUAAAGAAAAAGAGGAGAAAGGGUUCCAAAGAUGACGAUGAUGCAUUUGACCGGCAAUACAACCAGUUGACUGUGCCACAAAGUAGUUCUCAUAGGGAUCGAAAAGCUAGAGCAAGAAAACUAACACCUAUACCUGCCAAAUCACCCUAUGAAGGACCAAGGAGGGGCAUUGCAAGUGCAUUUGAUGAAGUCAGCCGUGAGCUCGAAAUGGCCAGCCCCCAUCUUUCCAAUUCUUCUCUGAACUCUCUCUCCAAAUCACCUCAACAAGUUUCCCCACCACAGGCUCUUAAAAUGAAGCCACUUGAAAUAGGUCGCUUUCAGGCAAAACAAACUGCUCCAUUAUCUCCGCCACAGAAACAACACACUGCGCAGCCUAUGGGCAGACAAGCAGGCUCACCGCCAAAGAGGGCAGCUCCCAUUUUCCUCAUGGGAAGCAGUCGAAAACCACUCCAAAAGCAACAGCCAGAAAUCAGUGGUAGUCAGCAGAUCAACUCCAGACCAGUUGCAGUCAAACCCUCCCCUUCUCGGCCCACAAUUAAGCAAAUGAGGCAUCCCUCUUCUGCCACAAGUGGCAGUGGUGUGCAGGCUGGUUUGCUGAACUCUAGUGAAAGCGACUCAGAAAGCAGCGAGUACUCCAGCACCUCCGAUGACUCUACUUCCAGUUCAGAGAGCUCUGAUUCAUCUGACGAGGAAUCAGGUUUUGUGCAAGCACAAGUGCCAAAGCGGCCAAUGAUGGCUCGAAACAUUGGCAUGGGGAGUCCCAGGCGUGCUGCUGGAGAUAUGACCCGGACCCGGAUGAUUACUCGCUAUCCAAGGUUACUAAAUAAGAAGCCAAUUCGUCUCGUAACAGUUGAAGAAGUGCCAGAAGAGAUAGUCCAUGAAGCUGAAACGUAUGAAGACAAAGCAGUUUUGUUCCAAAGACUGAUAACUAAGAGGAAAUUCAUAAGAGAAUGGAGGAAAUAUAUGCAGAUUAUGAAGACCAUUUACCGCAAGGCUGAGAAAAUGGCACAGAGAAAAAGAAGAGACCUUUUGGCCAAAAUAUUCUAUGCCUGGAUCCAUGUUCGCAAUAUUGGAGCUGUAACGAAGAACGACAUUGACAAAGCCAUCACAUACCACGACAAGCGACUGAUGAAGAGGGUGUUCAAUGCAUGGUACUUCACACAGUUUGGAGCAAAGAUGCCUAUUGCUAGGUCAACUUCAAUGCAGUUGAUGAAUGCAGAGCUGGAAUACAUUGAUUGGGUGAAUGGGUACCUACCCCAAACUGAGGCUGUCAGUGACAUUUCUGGUUCCCUUGCAGACGGCACAAUCAUCCUCAAAGCACUUUCAGUUGCAAUCGGAAAGAAAGCACCCAAACAUAACAGGCACCCUAAGGUGCAAUUACACCGACAAGAUAAUUGGAAGGUUGCUUACGAGUUCAUGGCUUCAGCUGGGAUCAAUGUCAAAGGAAUAGAGCCAGCAGAUCUAGGGAACGUAAAUCCUGCUGCAAUACACAACAUGUUUGUCAACAUUCUAAAAUGGGAAGAGAAAAGAGCACAAACUACUAUCAUGUGACUGAUAUAGUCAUGCAAUUAUUGUCAAUCCAUUUUAAUUCACAUUUGUUAUUGUAUUAAAGUUGUUGUUUCAAGACAAUUUUCAAGGGGUAGUGGAGGUCCAAGUUGAAGUUACUUGGUUUUUGUUGGUGGAUUUUCCACACAAGCUCACUGUAGCGCUCAGUACACUCAACCUGGAAGUAUUUCCUAGCGACAGCACAAAAUUUUUCCAGUGUAUCUCCUCGCCUUGGUGCAAACAAAAUGGCCACACCUUUACCAGGUUUUAGUAGCUUCAGAAGAGUUAAGGCUAAUUCAGAGUGAACAUUACAAAAGAAAAGGCAAUCAGCACAUACCACAUAGUCAAACUUCCCAACGUUGUCUUUAUUCAGUGACAUGCCUUCCCACCUUAGCACCUCACAUGAGACACUCGUGCAUCCUUCAAACCGCCAUCUAUUGGUAUCCACUAUCUCCUUGACGUUUUGAACCGAUGCCUCAUUUCCAUCAGUGAGUAAAACUUGAGAAGGCGAUUUUGAACAAGCUAGCAUGAGCCCAGCUAAACCGGUCAUGCCACAGCCUAGUUCACAAACAGCGGUAUCCUUGAACAUGUCCACGUGUUCCAUACACUGAUGCGCCAUCACUUCCUCUGCAGGCCACACACAUACAUUCCCGGUAUUGUUGAAGCCUAUCAUUGCAUCUAAAGAGAAUGAUGUUUGCAAAGUCUUAACAGAAGCUUCACAUAUUAUACCAGCAUUAUCAGUGGUAUACGAGUAAUUGAGCCACCGCCCAGUCUGACUUUCCGCACAAGCAUCAGUGACUCGGAACAGGUCAAAACUCCCAAACGCUCUGACACUGGAGGAAAAUAUACCAUCGUCUUCACAAUUCCUUCUUUUGGCUGCUAGAAUUGCUCUUCUCAGGAAUCUCCAUCUUUCAGUGGCGCGGUCCAUUAUCCCUCCUCGACCAGCGACAACCAC